GACGAAGAAGAAAUAUAUAAAUGUGGUUAUGGAAUGGGUUUUGAGUUUACUCAACAAGAAGCGCAAUAAAUAAAUAUGCAAGCAACAAUCGUGGAAGAGACAUUUUGUAGGCUGUGCCUAAAUACUAUAAGGGAUUCAAAUUGCCGGGUGAUAGAAGAAGUCAUAAGGGAUAUUCUAAAAAUUGUUUUGCCGGAUGUGAAUUUGGAGGAGAAAGUUACACAUGUCAUGUGUGCAACAUGUUCCGUAAAAUUAUUUGCUGCUUUUAAUUUUAAAUCAGUAUGUAUGGAUACGGAGGAUUUAAUUUUUCCUCACAUUACUGCCAGUAAAAUAUCAGUGAUCGAUUUAAAGGAAGUUUAUCUAAAAGAGAAGGGAAAUAUUCAGUUAAUCGAUGCAUCAGAAGAUUGGAGAAUCUGCCGAUUAUGUUUUCAGUCGGUAACUUACGGAUUUGUGGCAUUAAAUGAAGUGGAUGUUGACGUAAUCGAUACAUAUAUACCACAGGUUAACAUCGGUGCUACCAGGGAUCCUGUUAUAUGCACAACAUGCUUUGAUUCGCUUUGUACCCAUGGCAAUUUUUUACAGAACUGUAUUGAUGCACAUGAGAAAUAUACAAACGUCGAUAAACAGUCUUACAUUAAAACUGAAGAAAUUGAAAUAAAACCGGAAGAUCAUCAGGACUGCGACACGCUACAGCUGACCUCCGAUGAUGAAUCAUUGGAGAAGAGUGACUCUAAAUGUACAGAAGAGGAUGGAUGUAGAGCAGUGAACAAAUAUAAUACGAAAUCCAAGAAGGAGCGCAAAGUAUCAUACAAAUGUGAUAAAUGUAUUUAUGAAACUGAAAGCGAGAGGUGUUUUACCGCACACUGUGAGAGACACAAAAAUGAUUAUGUAGUGUAUAAAUGUGAGUCAUGUAAGUAUAAAACUAAAAAUAAGAAAUUACUUCAAAGGCAUCUGUUGAGGCAUAAAAGCAUUUCAAAAAUACGUAUGCACCAGUACGAAUCAUGUAAUUACGAGACAAAGUGCAGAUCUAACCUUGCUGAGCAUCAGGUGAAACACAAAACACAAUUGUACAAGUGCAACUUCUGUGAUUUCAAAACAAAACGGAGGACCAAUUUUAAUAGUCAUUACAUAAAACACAAAGACUCAAACAAAUGUGAUGAAUACGAUUAUAAAACUGAAUGCAAGUCAUUGCCUCUUAACGACACUCCACAGCUGCGUAUUUAUAAAUGCAAUGGUUGCAACUACGAAUCAAAGGAUAAGAGUAAUUUCAACAAACAUCAGUUGGUGCAUAAAGAUCCUUCUCAGGUCCAAAUGUACAGAUGUAACGACUGCCACCACGAAAGUAAGUACAAGAAUGCUAUCAAACGGCACCAACUGAAACACGAAGAUCCGUCUCAGGUCCAAAUAUACAGCUGUAAUGACUGCAAUUACACAGCUAAGUACAAGAAUAAUAUCAAACAGCAUCGACUGAAACAUAAAGAUCCUUCGCAGAUUCAAAUGUACAGGUGUAACGACUGUGAUUACGAAACUAGAUACAGACGUUAUUUAAAACAACACCAACUGAAACAUAAAGAUCCUUUGCUGGUUCAAACGUAUAGGUUGGAAAUGGUAAAAGGGCUUAUAAUAAACCUNGUGCUACCAGGGAUCCUGUUAUAUGCACAACAUGCUAAUAUCAAUACUACCAGGGAUCCUGUUAUAUGCACAACAUGCUGUGAUUCGCUUCGUACCCAUGGCAGUUUUUUAAAAAACUGCCUUGAUGCGCAGGAAAAAUAUACAAAUGUCGAUAAACAGUCUUACGUUAAAACUGAGGAAAUAGAAAUAAAACUGGAAGAUGAUCAGGUUGCAAGGGAAAAAUAUAAAAAUGUCGAUAAACAGUCUUACGUUAAAACUGAGGAAAUAGAAAUAAAACUGGAAGAUGAAGGCAGGUUGUGUCUAAAUACUAUAAGUGAUUCAAAUUGCCAGGUGAUAGAAAAAGACAUAAGCGAUAUUCUGAAAAUUGUUUUGCCGCAUUUGAAUUUGGACGAAGAAGUUAAAUAUUUCAUGUGUACAACAUGUUCCAUAAAAUUAUUUGCUGCUUUUAAUUUUAAGUCUGUAUGUAUGGAUACGGAGGAUUUAAUUUUUCCUCAUAUUAACGCUAAUGAAAUGUCAGUGAUUGAUUUAAAGGAAGUUUAUCUAAAAGAGAAGGGAAAUAUUCAGUUAAACGAUAUAUCCGAAGAUUGGAGAAUCUGUCGACUAUGUUUUCAGCCGGUAACUUACGAAUUUGUGGCACUAAAUGAAGUGGACCUUGACAUAAUCAAUACAUAUAUACCACAGGUUAACAUCAGUGCUACCAGGGAUCCUGUUAUAUGCACAACAUGCUGUGAGUCGCUUCGUACCCAUGGCAGUUUUUUAAAGAACUGCCUUGAUGCGCAGGAAAAAUGUACAAAUGUCGAUAAACAGUCUUACGUUAAAACUGAGGAAAUAGAAAUAAAACUGGAAGGUUAUCAGGACAGUGACACGCAACUGCAGAGCUCCGAUAAUGAACCAUCCGCGAAGAGUGACUGUAAAGAUACUGAAGAGGAUGGAUGUAAAGCUGAGAAUAGGGCAGCGAAUAAAUUUAACAUAAAAAUCAACCAAGAACGCAAACUAUCAUACAAGUAUGACAAAUGUGAUGACAAAACUGAAAGCGAGAGGUGUUUAACAACAAACUGUGCAAAACAAAAAAAUGAUUCGGUAGUAUAUGAAUGUGAAUCGUCAAAAUAUGAAACCAAAAAUAAAAAAUUACUUCAGAGACAUGAAAACAUUUCAAAAAUACAUAUGCACCAGUACAAAUCAUGUAAUUACAAGACAAAGUGCAGGUCUAAUCUUGCUAAGCAUCAGGUGAAGCCCAAAGCAAAAUUGUACAAGUGCAACUUCUGUGAUUUCAAAACAAAAUGGAGGGCCAAUUUUAAUAGACAUUAUAUGAAACACAAAGACUCAAACAAAUGGGAUGAGUAUAAUUAUAAAACCAAAUACAAGGCAUUGCCAGAUAAAGACACUUCACAGCUGCCGAUUUAUAAAUGUCAUGGUUGCAACUACGAAUCAAUGGAUAAGAAUAGUCUCAUCAAACAUCAGUUGGUACAUAAAGAUCAUUCUCAGGUCCAAAUGUACACAUGUAAUGACUGCGAGUUCAGUACUAAGUACAAGAAUGGUAUCAAAGUGCACCGACUGAAACAUAAAGAACCUUCGCAGAUUAAAAUGUACAGGUGUAAUGACUGCGAUUAUAAAACUAGAUACAAUGGUAAUUUAAAACAACAUCAACUGAAACAUAAAGACCCUUUGCUAGUUCAAACGUAUACGUGUAACGAUUGCGAUUACAAAACUAAAUACAAGAGUAAUAUCAAAAUACAUCAACUGAAACAUAAAAAUCCUUCACAGAUUCAAAUGCACAGGUGUAAUGACUGCAAUUACAAAACAAAAUACAAAAAUGAUAUCAAACGACAUAAACUGAAACAUACAGAUCCUUCGCAAAUUCAAAUGUACAAGUGUGAAGACUGCGAUUUUGAAACAAAAUACAGGAAAGUUAUCAAUCGGCACAAACUUAAUCAUAAAAAUCCUUCGCAGAUUUAAACGUACAGGUGCAGUGACUGUGAUUACAAAACUAUACAUAGGCGUUAUAUUAAAAUGCAUGAGUUGAAACAUAAGGAUCAAAUGUGCAAGUGCAAUGACUGCGAUUAUGAACCCAAAUAAAAUAAAAAAACUGUGUCAUGUGUGAAACUAACUAAGGUUGGCAGGUGUGAAUUCAAUUUGAUAAAUUCUUAUAAUUAACAGUAAGAGCAGUAUAGUUUUGACAUCAGUAAAGAUGUAGAAAAGUUGGUCAACUGGUUUCUGAGCCUGCAGAGAAAUGGGGAUCAUGUGGAGGGAGUGUGCAGAGGUCACUAGGGAGGGAGCCCAACAAACCCUGUAAAAUAAAGACGAGCAAGACAGUUUCGCUUCACCUCCUCAAUAGGUUAAUUGUGUAAAUAUUUUUUAAACAGCAAUGUUGUAUGCUGUGUAGACUAUGUACUUAACAAAA